AUGUCCGCCAUCUCCAAGACUCUGAAGACCACGCCUUCCAGCCAAGUUCUGAGCGUUGCUGCCGGCUGUUUCUGGGGUGUUGAGUAUCUCUACAAGAAGCAUUUCAAAGACCAGAUCAUUGAUACAAAGGUUGGUUACGCUAACGGAACUGCCUCAAACCCCGACUACAAACUGGUUUGCACUGGAUCCACUAAUCAUGCAGAGACUUUACAAGUUUCCUUCGAGCCUUCCAAGGUGUCCUACAGAACACUAGUGGAUUUCUUCUUUGUGAUGCACGACCCAACGACUGUUGACGCCCAGGGCCCAGAUAUCGGCACCCAGUAUCGUUCUGCCAUCUUCACUCAUAGCGAAGAGCAAGAAAAAAUAGCCAAGGAAGCUCUGGAGUACGCGCAGAAAAAGUGGUACCCUAACGACAAGAUUGUUACUAAAAUCGAGCCAAUCAAAACGUUUUGGGACGCUGAAGAGUACCACCAGCAGUACUUGAUCAAAAAUCCAGAGCGCCACCUGUGCCCUACACAUUUCAUCAGAACGACUCCAAAAUAA